AUGCUUUGGUGUAUUUGCUUUUACAGCUGCCUCUGCUGUUGUGAUAGUGCUUUUUGCAUGUGAAUUAACUCACUUUACUAUUUUCGCUAUAAAACUCGGACAAUUAUAUUCUGGCUAUUCCUAAAUUAUAUGAUAGUUAAAUAUUUCGCGCCUGGAGGUCAAUUUUCAGAUUUAAUUGAUAUUACUGGCCUUUUCCCAAGUUUGCUUUCAGGAGAUUUCUUUUUAUAUAGAUGACUUUCAUACACUGGGGAAUUUAUAUUUUACUACUCAAAGUUUCAUUAUUUCUGGACAGGAUUAUUAGCUGCUUUGGGAUUUAUAAAAUCUUCAAAUCAUCCAUAUGCUAAACUGAAGAACUCUCUAUUUAUUAUUUUUUGAAAUAUUUUAUUUAUGUAUACAUUUCUGGAUCGUGAUUCAUGAACAAAUAAUUUGUGUACCCUAAUAGUUCCUGCUUGUUUACUUUUAUGAGCUGCAAUAUAUUUUGGCUUAAACGCAAAUAGCAGUUGGCAGGUUAGCAACAAUUCAUUUUUCCUCACUUUUUGGUGACUUUUUGACAUAUUUUGGCUGAUUUUUAUCACAUCUCUUUCAUCUUUUAGGAAUUCUUAUGACUCAUUAAGCGACGAGUUACUGGCUUUGGCAUUUUAUGUUCUAUGGAUUUGCUUUGAUAAUAUCAUAUCGUUUUUCCUUUCAAUUGUAAUUUUAUGAAUAUUUGGAUGGUGAUGCAUAGUGAUUGUAAAUCAAUUAGAGGAAAAUUCAUAUGCCAAAGCUAGCAGAGGAAAAGGUAAGAAGGAGGUUGUGAAUUUUGUAUUGAGAGAAUUAGAAGGGAUUUGGGGGUUAAUUUUGAUACAUAUUGGGAUGCUUGCUUCCUACUAUAUAUUAAGUUAUUUUUAUCAUUGUCCAUUCCUGGUUUCUGAAGGAUUUAUUAUGCUUUCUUGUGCAGUCUUAUCAUAUUCUUUGGGAUUUGGUUCAGAAGAGGACGGUCGAAACUAUUUUGGAGGGUUUAUGAGAGAUAUAUCACAGAAUCAAGUUAAUGAUUUUAUCACAAUAUAUCUAGAAGUCUUUUUAUUUAGGACUUUAAUUAAUUUUAUGACUUAA